AUGAAUCUUACAGCAUUGAACCAAACUGAUAUCUGUGAGGACUACUCGUGUCCAGAGAGAUCUGUUUCUUUAUCUGUCUAUGUGAUUCUGUAUGUGGCCGCAGCAGCUGUGGCUCUUCUGACCGUGUGUGGAAACCUGCUGGUCAUCAUCUCUGUUAGUCACUUCAAGCAGCUCCACACACCUGCCAACAUCCUCAUCCUCUCUUUGGCUGUGUCUGAUCUGCUGGUGGGAGUUUUUGUGAUGCCGUUUCACUUAUCUUGGGUCAUUGAGUCAUGUUGGAUUUCUGGACCAGCGAUGUGCUUGAUUUUCAGCUUUGUGACUUUUCAGGCCACAUGCGUUUCUGUUCACACUGUGGCUUUAAUAGCUGUCGAUCGCUUUUUGGCUUUAGGCUUUCCUUUUUUCUACUCGGAUCAAAUCUCACCCAUUGCAAUCUGCAUUACAACUUUGUUUAACUGGCUGUUUUCGUUCCUCUAUAACUUCACUCUUCUUUAUAUUAAUGGAAACUUCACCAAUGUCAUUUGUCAAGGAAAAUGUCUUUAUGUCGUUGAUAUGGUUUCAUCUCUCAUUGAUCUCCUGAUUGUCUUUAUAAUGCCGUGUACACUCAUUAUAUUAUUAUACAUUCGUAUUUUUGCCAUUGCUAAGAAACAUGCGACUGCUAUAAGAGCCCUUCAGGUUCACAACAGCACAGAAUCCUCGAAAAACAAAAUCAGCGACAAAUCAGAGAGAAAAGCUGCGAUGCUGCUGGGGAUUCUGGUCUUUGUGUUUCUCCUGUGUUUGCUGCCGUAUUUUAUUACUUCAUUAGUCAUUUCAUACAGUAGUGCUAAUUUAUUUCACAUCAGAGAUGUUGCUGUGAUAUUUUUCUUCCUGAACUCCACCAUUAAUCCCAUCAUUUAUGCCAUAUUCUAUCCUUGGUUUCAGAAAAGCUUAAAGAUAAUUUUCACGUUUAAAUUGUUUACUAAAGACUCCUCGCUGAUGAAUGUGCAGUAA